AUGAGCCAAAUACCUAUAAAGUCGGCCAUAAAUGAUAUAGCACCCGGAAUUGAACCUUCGACAUUACCUCAACUAACAUCUUUUUGUGAAAGAUUAUAUAAUAUCUCCAAAGGGAAGUCCUUAAAUAAAAACGAAAUCGUAAGAUAUCAUAUCUGUGCAUACUUAACUAUUGAGAAGUAUCUUCAUAGUCUAAAUUUACCUGAUCCACAAAUCAAUAAGAUCCCUUUACCAUCGAAAACUACAAUCAAGUUGAUUAAUGAGUUCCGUGGCUAUUUGAAUGAAAUCUCAGGUAGCAGUUCACCCCGAUCUCCAUUGUCUUUAGUUUCAACACCUUUAAGUCAAAGAAGGACCAAUAAAACCACCAUCACCACUCCUUCAAGAUCAUCUCCUUUGAAAAAAUUACAAGCAUUGGCAGCAGAGUCCGAAUCGGACGCUAAUGAAGAGAUUGACGAAGAUAAUCCUUUCUUAACGAAAAAAUCAUCACCUAAAAAAUCACCUACUAAAAGUCCUAGAAAACCUGUACGAUAUAAUGUGGAAAAUAUAAAUAUCCCCCAAUUAAUUCAACUUUGUGAAAAUUUCUACAUCCCAGCAUCAACCACAAAACACAUAAUUCAAUGUUUCAUCAAUAAACGUCAUAAAUUCUCCAAGAAGAGUGAUUGGUAUUUAGCUUGUGCUUUAGUUUAUGCGGCUUACAUAAGAAUCAACGAUAAAUUAGUGAAAGAGAAGAUAAAAUUUAAUGAAACUGUUAUAAAUCAACUCAUGCGUCAUCAAUUAGCUCAUUUAAAGAAACCAAACUUGGUAUACUGGGUUAAUGUAUUGAAUAACGAUAUCAAAGAUGAACCCUGGAUCAUUGAAUUGGAUAAGAAAUAUAUCUACGGAAUAAAAGCUAUCAAUCAACAUGAUAUGGAAUUGGUAGCCAAACUAGGUAAUGACUAUGAAUUAUAUGACAGUUUAGGGUGCAUGAAGAAUCCUCAUAAUGAUUAUCUAUCCAAAACUCACAAUCAAUACUUUGAAAAUUGGUCUUAUAAUAUCUUAAAUCAACUAAGAGACUAA